AUGGAAGAAAUUGUAGUAGAAGAACUAGUUGCCGAUUCCGACCUAAUUAAUGAUGCCGACGAGCAGCCGGAUCUGAAAAACAUCAUUAUGGAGGAGUGGAAACUUGAAUCCACGGUUGUUUAUCGAUGUUUAAGGAACUAUCCGCAUAAUAUAGGUCACGGGGUCACAAUGGAAUAUUUGAAAGUGCUAGACGAAAAAGCACUGGGCGACAUAUUUUCUGUUGUUAAAUGGACCGGACAUAAACAUGCCUUGCGCUCCAAAUUGGAACAGUGGAAAGAGAGUGCAUUAUACCGCCCGUUGCCCUCCAUCACCAGCAAUCCGGUAAGCGGAACGUCUCCAGGCCACAAUGCCGUGCCGGGACCAUCCCAUAUGACCAAAUUACUCCAAACAACCGUUACGAACCAUGUACUACUUGGCAUACUCGAAAGAAACGAAAAAGGCAAAAUCGUUUGUCAGUAUUACCAAGCACACCAACGGCUGGAUAUGGAGCAAAGACGAUCGUUGGCACACACCAUAGUCGACUACUACAUUGCUAACAACACAUACUUCACACUGGCAGAUAUGGAACGUUUUGCCGACCUGAUUGCAGCUCGAUUUCCUCCGGAAAUAUCUGAGACCUAUUACAAUCCCCGUGAUUCAGCGUCUGGCAAGAAGUACCCCUCUGGUCUAUUGUAUGAUCGAUUUCAUAACCGAAAGAAAACCGGCUCAAGGCGCCAGGUAGGCGAGAUCGACCCGUGGACACGUUACAAGGCGGAAGCAGUCAAGCUUACAGCUGAUGGUAAGAUUGGUGCCGAGUAAUACAAACUUAGCUAUUUUUAAAUAUUUGAUCUCUUAAAAUAUUAGUAUCCUGAUAUGUGAUUCUCCGGAACCAUACACUUCCCAUCUCGCUUCCCGUAAUAGUAAUUAUCUAAUUAAAGACCGUUCAUUGCACAAUGAUUAAUGAGGUAAGGGGGGUCUGAGAAAUCUCACGCGCCAUACAAAACCAGUCUAAUAAUACCCAACAAGAUAUUAGGGGUACUCACUAAACAGAUUAAAUUGCUGCGUAAGCCAUGAUUUUCUGAUUAUUUGAAAUGUUUCAUGAUUUUGCGAAUGAAAUAAUCAAAGAUUGCCUUGGUGGUCGCGACGUUUAAUCAGUUUAAACAGUUUACGCUGUUAAGUGAAUCCCCCUAUUAUUUCAAAUCAAAAAAAUAACAAAAAAAAUCAAUAAUUAUUUUGGUAUUAAUAAUUAAUUUGGUUCGGUUCAUUUUAAAUGCUGAUUUACAUACGACCCAUUCAAAACUUAUUCUAGAAAAUAAACAAAAACAACUUCUACCCAUCCGCACAGAAACAAACCGCUUGACAUCGAUCAAAAACUGGCUACGAAACAACCUGGAACCAUUUGAUGAAAUUUUGCAGCGUUGGAGCGACUCUUGGCUGCUGCGUGUAACAAGCAUCAUCAAAGAAGCUGAGAUCAACAAAUCAAACAUCCUUCAGGAGUGGCCACGUCUUGCAGAUCCGAAUGGAUAUUUGCUGGUAAGUACUAUCAUUUUAUUUGUCGCACAAAUCCCGCAUGAUUAGUGGUAGUGAUAGUGAUAAUGGUGUAUACAGCCAUUGGUUACUAAAUUUGUACUUUAUAUUUAAUCACAACCAGCAGUUCAUACCCUCAUACCUCUUGUCAUACCUAUAUGUUCAUAAAACAAAAACAUGGAUAAUUUACCACGACUCUUGUAUUUUCAUUUUCAGAUUGAUGCUGACUACGGUUCUAUUUAUGAAAGCUCAAGGAACGCGACAACGCUGUAUGACAACUGGGACACAUUCCUGGUGAAGUUUCGGAAGUACAUAAGCAGGUGCAACAUCAAGGAUCAUCGUUCGCUUCAGCUGCUUGAUUACUUGGAGGAAGGUACUCUGGCCGAUGGUAAGUGAACAUCCAAAGCUAAUUCUCAAACAUAUCCCAUACAAAUCCCAUUAAUAUGUUUAUGUGUGAAGCGGCAAUUGAAGAUGGAAGACAUCCAUGAAGCACAAACCGUCUUCUUCUACUUGACCUACUUCCCAAC